UGUAAAAAAUUACUGAUGCAAAAAGUUGUACAAAUGAGGAACUACAUGUUGGCUCAACAUAAUGGUUGUGUCAAAAAAUAAAAAUAUGUUUGGUCAAUGAUUGCAUGAUUUCCAUGAUUGUACUACAAAAUGUUCAUCAAGAGAAAAUAAAUAAUUGUGUUGAGAGAACUUUUAACGUUGCACAAAAAAUAUUAUGUUGGCCGAGCAAGAGGGAACAGCGUCAAUCGUCUGAGCAUGUGCAAAGGAGUUCUACCAGGCGGCAGGCUGGAAUUUCCCCCACCACGAGUCACGACAUUGCAGUGGUUUGUGCUGAAUUCUUCCACAUCUACCGUAUUGACCUGAAGUCAGCCAUUCCUGACAUCGCUGGACAAUCACACCCAGGGUUUGCUAAAGAUGUACAGAGCCAAAGCAAGACAGGGAAGGUGGAACAACUUGGAUUAACUUCUGGACAACUGGAUGCCCAGACCACAGAUCUAACUACUUAUAGAGGGUCUGCUGUUCUUCGUGGUCUUCCCCUGCACUUGAGAGAGCCAGCUUCAAUUUCAAAGGCUAUUAAGGAUACUGAGGCACUGGGGCCACACAAAAAGGCCAUGAAAAUGGGGAUCCUGGAAGUGACUGACAGUUCUACCAACUCAGGACCAUAUGCCACAGUGGUCAAUGUGGCUAUAGUACUGGAGGAGGAAGUUGUCAUGGACAAUCUGGGAGAUUUCACAAAUGCCCUCAUGAUGCUUGUUUCGGAACUGGUUGAAUACUUGUGUAAUAUUUUACUUGAGCCUAACAGGCAAGUUCAUAUGUAUUUAAAUAAAUACAUAAAAUGUUCUUUAUCAAAGCAUAGUGUGUAA